UUGGAAAAUCAUUUACCCAUCAGCCCUUAAUGGCUACAAAUAAAGCCCAAGCUGGAGGAGACAUGAGACAGAUCUCAGACCUCCAAGUCUGGAAUCUCAGCCACUGAUACUUUUUCCAAGAGGAAACAGGCACACCGGUAGCAGGGAGGAACCAUGGAGAAGCUGUUGCUGUGUUUCCUGCUCUCCAUCGGCCUCUUCAGUGCUUCUGAGGCAGACCUGAACGGACAAGCCUUUGUGUUCCCCACACAGUCAGCUGUUUCCUUUGUGUCUCUGACUGCGCAGCUGAAGAGGCCACUCAGGGCCUUCACCGUGUGCCUCUACGCCUACAGCGACCUGACCCGUGCAUACAGCCUCUUCUCUUAUGCCACAAGGACAGUCGAUAAUGAGAUCCUCCUCUACAAGGAAAAGACUGGAGAAUACAGUCUCACCGUGGGUGGGGCUGGGGUAAAUUUCAGGCCUCCUGUCAGGCCUCCUGCACCGUUGCAUUUCUGUAUGACCUGGGAGUCUGCUUCGGGGAUUACUGAGCUCUGGGUGGAUGGGAAGCCCAUGGUGAGGAAGAGUCUGAAGAAGGGAUAUUCUUUGGGGACAGACGCAAGCAUCAUCCUGGGGCAGGAGCAGGAUUCCUUUGGUGGGAAAUUUGAUGAGGAACAGUCUUUCGUGGGAGACAUUGGAGAUGUGAACAUGUGGGACUUCGUGUUGUCACCAGAUGAGAUUAACUUUGUCUAUGCUGGUGGGACCUUCAGUCCUAACGUCCUGGACUGGCAGACGCUGAAGUAUGAGGUGUUUGGUGAAGUGUUCAUCAAGCCCAGGCUGUGGCCCUGAGGCCUUGCUGUGCAUCCUGAAGAUGCCUCCUGGAGAUUGCACCUUACAUUCCAUUCGUCUCAGACUCUGGUGCCUUUUUGUCCCACAUCUGUGGCUCUUGUGCCCUGAGGGUGGGAGGGGAUGGUAUUUCCCUUCUGGUUUCCCCUCUGUUUUCAUCAGCACAUGGGACUGUGCAGAGCAGAUGGUCUAAGUCAUGGCUGCACAUCAGAAUCACCAGGCCACACCCCAGGCCAAUUAAAUGGGAUUCUGUGGCAGCAGGACCUGAGCAUCAGUGUCUUUUAAAGCUCUCCAAGUGAUUCCAGUGUUCAGCUUUGCAGUAUUUAAUGCAAGGCUGAGAAUCACUGCAUUAGAGUGUCUGCUUAAGACCAAGUGAGCCAACUUUUUUUCUCCUAAAAGACCGCAUAAGUUUAACUGUAGUCCUGCCAACAUUUUCAUUUCCCCUUACAGGCACACCUGUCUCCUUUUAUCAUGCUUUAUUGUAUAACUAAAAAACACAGGAGUAGAAUCUUCCCAGCAUUCUGCCUCUACCAUCAGGAUGUGGUCAUUGCAAAUUAGAAUUAUUUCUAGUUCUAUAAACCUUUCAAGUUGAAGAUGAAAAAAUCUAACAAAAGAAAUGUUUAAAAAAUUGUUUCUGUUUAA